UCUCAGUUAGAUUAUGGGGCGGCCAUAAAAUCUCCAAAGACGAAUGAACAAAGCUUUGUAAUUUAUCAUUUUUCUCAACCUUUCGCAAUCUACGAAAUUACGGGUUCCCCUUCACUCGAAUAUUAAUUCCAUUUUUCAACCUUCUUAUAUUGGAACUCUGCUUACACAAACAACUCUUCCUCUCUUUUGCUUACUCUUCCGCACAAUCUCUCCUAAAUCUAAUCUCUUGCUCUUGCUUCCAAAAUUUGUUCUUUGUUUUAUAUAAAAGUGAUUACAAAAAUUUCCAUCCAGAAAACGUUGGAUUAAGCUCGUUUCACGAAGCAAGAAAGGGUUUUCGGGAAGCUGUUGACUUUUGACUUUUUCUUUGGGUGGAGUCUGGGAAGGGCUAAUAGCUCUGUUUUCUUCAGAGAGAUAGAAUGGUCUUGUGAGGAGGUAAAAAAAAAUGUUGAAUUUGAAGAGGGCUUCACUGAUCUAUUUUCAUAAAUUACGUCAAAUGGAUUAAGCUUAAUGGUUUUUACCAUGUUCAUGUGGGGAUUCCUCUUCCUCUCUGUUUACUUCAUUCCUGGUGUUGUCCAAUGGACAUGACUUUUAUUUUUCCAUGUCUAGCUCUCGGGAUUAAGCUUGUCUAGUUAUUACUUUAAUCAGAAAACAUCUCCACUUUUUCCAUCUUCAUGGAUUGACCAAACAGUUUCCAUUAGUCUAGUCUUUACUGCUCCCCUCCCUAUUUUUUGCUUUCACCUGGAAACCCUUUUACGUUUCUCUCUUCUGCUGUGUCUGUUUAUAGUUUCCUCGUAGAGUUCACGUUGAGUUUAGGCUCUAGUCUUUGGUUUUGGGUAUGGCAGAGUUUGAAUCAAAGCUUCCUGUCUCUGGAGGGAAAAAUCAUGUCUUUGAGGCAUGUCACCAUGUUGUUAAGGCACUGAGGGCAUCUGAUAACAACCUCGAUGCCAACUUGAGAAAGCUCCUAAGUGAUCUAGAGUCGCAUCUGUCAACGUUUGGGAUGGUUGAUACCAAAGUUGAAGAAGAUACAGGAUUCUCUGACAUGGACGAGAGAUUCAAAGAAGCUGUGAAGAGAAUCCUCGGUUGGGAGACAAACCAGUCCACUAUAUUGGAAGCUGGUCCGUCUGAAGCUAAUCACUUCUUUCAAGCCCUGUAUGAAGUUCAAACCUUUCUUAUGGGUUUCAAAGCUUUCCCCAUCAAAACUAACCUGAAGGAGAAAGAUGUUUACAACCAAGCCACGGUUGCUCUUGACAUCGCGAUGGUGAGGCUCGAGAAAGAGCUCUGUGAUGUUCUGUAUCAGCACAAACAGCAUAUAAAGCCUGAAUACUUGGCUGUUAGUUCCCGUGGGAAGGAUAUUGUCUACGACGAGUCCUUUGUCUCCCUAGAUGAUGAAGUUGUUGUUGAAGCUUCUUCACUCGAAGAUGAUGAACAGACUUUGGGAUUCCAAGCUGCUGAUAUGGUUGAUCCCCUCAUCAUUCCUCACAUCAAGGCUAUUGCAAACGCAAUGUUUGCUUGCGACUAUGGUCGAGCAUUCCGUGAGGCUUUCAUCAGCGUUCGAAGAGAAGCUCUGGAUGAAUAUAUGAUCACACUCGAAUUGGAAAGACUCAGCUGUGUCGAAGUCCUUCAAAUGGACUGGGAGGAUCUGAACUGCGCAAUGAGGAAAUGGACAAAGGUCUUAAAGAUCAUUACUCAAGUCUAUCUCCCCAGUGAGAAACGGCUCUGUGAACAGAUCUUGGGAGACUUUGAUCCGAUUUCUACAGCUUGCUUCAUUGAAAUCUCAAAAGAUUUGAUUCUAUCUCUCCUCAACUUUGGUGAAGCUGUAUCGCUGAGAUCUUGCCAGCCAGAAAUGCUUGAGAGCUUCCUUAGCAUGUAUGAGGUUUCAGCAGAGAUUCUCUUGGAUGUCGAUAACCUCUUCUCGGAGGAAACAGGCUCGUUUCUAAGAAUGGCUUUCCACGAGCUGUCCAAGAAGCUAGCUAAUCGUACAACUACAACAUUCUUGAAGUUCAAAAACGCAAUAGCCGCGAAUGAAUCCUCACGUGCCUUUCCUGGAGGCGGGAUACAUCACCUGACCAGGUAUGUAAUGAACUACUUGAAGCUUCUCCCAAAGUACACAGAUGCUCUAAACUCACUCCUUGAGAACCUUGAAGUUGAUGACUCAAUCCCGGAGAAAACUGGUCAAGACAUCCUUCCUUCCACAUUCUCUCCCAUGGCUAGACAUCUCCGGUCAAUUGUCACAACUCUCGAGUCCAGCCUCGAGAGAAAAGCUCAGCUUUACGCAGACGAAUCACUCAAAUUCAUCUUCCUGAUGAACAACUUCCAUUACAUGGUCCAGAAGGUGAAAGGGUCAGAGCUGAGGCAUUUCUUUGGAGACGAAUGGAUCAGGAAACACAUCGCAAGGUACCAACACAAUGUCACAGACUACGAGAGAUCCACAUGGAGCUCCAUUCUCUCUUUGCUAAAAGACAACAACGACUCUGUAAGUACCCUGAGAGAAAGAUGCAGACUUUUCUGUCUUGCUUUCGAUGAUGUUUACAAGAAUCAAACCCGUUGGUCGGUUCCUGAUCCAGAGCUCCGCGACGAUCUUCACAUCUCGACCUCCGUCAAAGUUGUUCAGUCUUACAGAGGAUUUAUCGGUAGAAAUGCAGCUCGUAUUGGCGAUAGACAUAUCCGAUACACUUGUGAAGAUAUUGAGAAUUUGCUCCUUGAUCUCUUUGAGUGUUUGCCAUCUCCUAGAUCAUUACGCAGCUCUCGUAGGAGAUGAUGAAGAAAUUAUUUAUGACUCUCUCUCUCUCUGUUCUUUUCUUUUGUUUGUUUGUUUUACUUACGCAACGAUUUGUGAUACAUGUAAUGUAAUGAUGUAAAUAAGGUUGUAGAAUUUUACACUCCAUUGUGGAGAUGUAAUUUGAUUUGCAAUAAUUAAAAUAAUCGUUUUUUGGUUCGUUUAACCAGCAAUAAAAGGGUAUUUAUUCGUUA